AUGGACGAGGCAGAACUCAUACUGCAAGACAAGUUUGAUUACAGCGACUUCCGUCCAUUGCAAGCUGAAGUCAUCAGACGGUUGCUCGUACACGACAAGAGUGCUGCUCUCAUCCUACCAACAGGCGGUGGCAAGUCACUCUGCUUCCAAGUACCCGCGCUGUGCCUGAAGGGACUCACCUUGGUCAUCUCGCCUCUGAUUUCCUUGAUGAAAGAUCAAGUAGAUGCCCUCAAGCGGAAGCACAUCGAAGCUGCCUCGCUCGAUUCCUCGCUCUCGGGCACAGACUACUUUGCCGUCAUGGACAAACUACGCGAAGGAAAGCUCAAGAUACUCUAUGUGGCCCCCGAAAGGCUCGAGAUGGAGUCCUUUGUCAACAUGAUCAAGCAGACUCGAAUUGACCUCAUGGCCGUCGACGAAGCGCAUUCGGUAUCUGCAUGGGGUCAUACUUUCCGACCUACCUACCUCAAGCUCGUCAAAUUUGCGCAGGAUCUCAAGAUACCUCGUCUUUUGCUGCUUACCGCGACCGCGACGCCCCAGGUCGCGAAAGACAUGUGUGAGCAAUUCGGCGUGGACGCUGUCAAAGGUCUCUUCGUUGCACCCAUCUACCGACCGAACCUCCACAUUUCCGUCGCUAGCGUCAUGGGUGAAAAGAGCAAAUUCGACAAACUCGUCGCUUUCUUGCGUGCAACAAGGGGAUCCAAGAUCAUCUAUGUCACCACUCAGAAACAGACAGAGGAUCUGAGGCACAAGCUCUCAGCUUCUGGUUUCUCCAAAAUCGACUGCUACCAUGCUGGCCUGUCUGCAGAUGCUCGUUCGUCUGCUCAAGAUCGAUAUAUGAAAUCAAAGGAUCACAUCAUCGUCGCGACGAUCGCGUUCGGUAUGGGACUGGAUCAUCCGGAAACGCGCGGCAUCGUGCACUAUUGCCCGCCUCAAAGUCUGUCUGGCUACUCGCAGGGGAUCGGCAGAGGUGGCAGAGAUGGCAAACGAUGCGAUUGCUACCUGAUCCUCGAUCAGUCAGAUCUGCCUACGCUCAAAGCACUCAUCCGUGGCGAUACACCAUCGAACAGAACGGUCAUCGGCUGGCUCAAAGAGUUCUUGAGUACCCCAACGGACACAGACAAUACGAUCUCGCAGAAUCUGAUGAGCAUGUCGAGAAAGUGGGAUAUCAGAGAGACUUCGCUAGCCAUCUGUUGCGUCAAGCUCGAACUUGUCCACUGCAUCUUGCGAGCCACUUCGCCGUUCAACGUCACAUAUACCUACGAUGUCCUGCGUCCCGACGAAUGGGCCAAGGACACAAGUGAGGUUGCGAUGGCCAUCAAGUCAUGUAACACCAAGAAAGUCGAUACUGUCAAUCUGGCAACAAGCGCCUCUAUACCUCGUGCACAGAUUGCUCAGAAGUUCUCUGAGCAUGAAAGGUUGGGCAACUUUAAGAUCUCGCUUGGCGACCGCCGGCAUCGAUACGUCGUGACCGGCAGGAUCCCCAAGGACCUCGAUACGCUCGGCACGCAACUGGGCAGUGAGAUUCACGCAAGGGAAGAGGAAGCAAUCGGGCGAUUGAGCGACGUGUUAGAAUACGCAAAAGGCGACACUUGCUACGCGCAACAGCUUGCCACCUACUUUGGUGACAAGGAUGGAGUACCGAACGGCCAGUGUGGAAAUUGCAGUCGAUGCUUGAGUGGCAAGCCUCUCGAGCUCUCACCACCGGAGCCACCGCAGGCUUUCACCCGAGCGAUCUUUGACAAGAUCUUGGCUACCUGUGGCGUACGUGACGAUCCGCGAUGUCUCGCACGAUUCGCAGCGGGGAUCCGAUCACCCCGGCUGAGCUACAAUCUGCGCCUGACCUCCCAUGCAGACUUUGGCGCGAUGUCAGGCGUCCUCUGGGAGGACGUCCUCUCGGCGUCGGAAGAAGCGUGCAAAGAGGCCAACUAUGUCAAUACUAUCCGAUCGAGCUCGCCGACAAAGCGAGCCUCUGCCUCUGGAUCUUCGAGCAAAUCGAGCACUGCUCGUGGACGUGGGGGAUGGAACAAGCGAGGUAAGCGCUAG